AUGAGCCAAGAAACUCUCAAUGGAAUCAAUGGAAUCUUGUCUGAUGUCUAAAGUUUCGGAUAGGAAAGCUACAGAUUCAUGAGAAAAUGCACUAAACCAGAUAAAAGAGAAUACAUCAAAAUAGCAACAUCAUGUGCCAUUGGAUUUGCAGUUAUGGGAGCUGUUGGAUACUUCAUCAAAUUAGUCUUCAUCCCAAUUAACAAUAUUAUUUUGAGUGCAAAUUGA